UUGUAUUGUGCAAUUUUAUUCAAGUUUCAUCAAAAUAUAUCUUUUAUUUUCGGCGAUGCCAAAGAGGACUCAUCCACAGAUGAUAACUGCGUGACCAGUUGCUCUCUCCCCCUUCAGGAACCAGCUUUCGCAACUUGGGGGGGCGCUCCACUUCGGGGUGGCGGAGGCUCAAGGACCAUGACCCGCGAUGAGAAGGCGCGGUGGGAAAACCCGUGACGUCGUCGUCGUCGCUGUCGUCGGCGCCUCGUCCCUGGGUAGCUGCCUUGUGGAUUUCUUCGGCCUCGCGGUGUGCGAAACAGCGCCGUGCACACAAAGGUCCAACAGCGGCAUUUUGGAUGGUGGCAUGGUGAUGGAAGUUGCAAUUGGCUGGGAAGCGGCUGGAAGGAAGGGGAGGGCGAGAUGGGAAGGGCGGAUGAAGGUGCGGGGAUGAAAGUGUGUCCGUCACCACUCCUGACACCAUUACGAAGAAGAUUAACCACUCUGGCCCCGGAUGCAGCAACGGCAGCGUCAAGGAGCAAUGCCAUUCUCUUCCCGUCGCUUGUCCGUCUGUGCGGUUUCGAAGCUUCACACAUUUCUCGGCGCUUGACCACGCCAACUGAUUGCCUCCUCCAUCUGCAAUCGGGGGCGACGCCUGAGAAACAGAUAGCGAGCGCGAGAGCGAGGGCGCCACAGAUAGCGAGUGUCCACGCGCGCUGUGGAUUGGACGAGGGUUCGGCCGCGUCUUCGCUGCGAGGCAGUGAUGGCGGAGUGAGAGUGGGAAGGGCAGCAGGAAGGAGAGCUGGGCAGGGUGAUGAGGCGCGGGAGGGAGGGGAAACGGAAGGAGAUGGUGGUGCGAGGGGUUAGGGUUCGGGAGUUAGGGUUAGGGGUUGACGGGCUGCAGUGCGGGGUCGA